AUGAGUACUGAACCAACUACUGAAAAGGUUCCAGUUGUCCACACCGAUGACGAAGAAGACGACAUUGACCAAUUGGUUCUUGACUUGCAAUCUGUUGGUGGUGGCUUGGAUGAUGAUGACGAUGAAGUUGAUGAAGCCUCCUUCAAAGCUGUUCCUGAAGAAUUGCUUAAAACUGAUCCAGCUACUGGUUUGACUUCUGCCGAAGUUGAAAAGAGAAGAAAGAAGUUUGGUCUUAAUCAAAUGGCUGAAGAAAAGGAAAACUUGGUGUUAAAGUUUGUUAUGUUCUUUGUUGGUCCCAUUCAAUUCGUUAUGGAAGCCGCCGCUAUUUUGGCUGCUGGUUUGGAAGAUUGGGUCGAUUUCGGUGUCAUUUGUGCUUUGCUUUUGUUGAACGCCUCUGUUGGUUUCAUUCAAGAAUACCAAGCUGGUUCUAUUGUCGAAGAAUUAAAGAAAACUUUGGCUAACACUGCUUUUAUUGUUAGAGACGGUAGAUUGGUUGAAGUACAAUCUAACGAAUUGGUUCCUGGUGAUAUCUUGCAAUUGGAAGACGGUACUGUUCUUCCAGCUGAUGGUAGAAUUGUUACUGAAGACUGUUUGUUGCAAGUUGAUCAAUCCGCUAUUACUGGUGAAUCCUUGGCUGUCGACAAGAGAUUCGGAGAUGCUACUUAUUCUUCCUCUACUGUUAAGACUGGUCAAGCCUUCAUGAUUGUUACUGCUACUGGUGACUCUACCUUUGUCGGUAGAGCUGCUUCCUUGGUUAACAAGGCUUCUGGUGGUACCGGUCAUUUCACUGAAGUUUUAAACGGUAUUGGUGCUGUUCUUUUGGUUUUGGUUAUUGCCACUUUGUUGGUUGUCUGGGUUGCUUGUUUCUACAGAACUGUUAGAAUUGUUCCAAUCUUGAGAUACACUUUGGCUAUUACUAUUAUUGGUGUCCCAGUCGGUUUACCAGCUGUUGUUACCACCACCAUGGCUGUCGGUGCUGCUUACUUGGCUAAGAAGCAAGCUAUUGUCCAAAAGUUGUCUGCUAUUGAAUCUUUGGCUGGUGUCGAAAUCUUGUGUUCUGAUAAGACCGGUACUUUGACAAAGAACAAGUUGUCUUUGUACGAACCUUACACUGUUGAAGGUGUUGACCCAGAUGACUUAAUGUUGACUGCUUGUUUGGCUGCCUCUAGAAAGAAGAAGGGUUUGGAUGCUAUUGAUAAGGCUUUCUUGAAGUCUUUGAUUAACUACCCAAGAGCUAAGGAUGCUUUACCAAAGUACAAGGUUUUGGAAUUCCAACCUUUCGAUCCUGUUUCUAAGAAGGUUACCGCUAUUGUUGAAUCUCCUGAAGGAGAACGUAUUAUCUGUGUUAAGGGUGCUCCAUUGUUCGUCUUGAAGACUGUUGAGGAAGACCACCCUAUUCCUGAGGAUGUUCACGAAAACUACCAAAACACUGUCGCUGAAUUUGCUUCCAGAGGUUUCAGAUCUUUGGGUGUUGCUAGAAAGAGAGGUGAAGGUCACUGGGAAAUUUUGGGUAUUAUGCCAUGUUUGGAUCCUCCAAGAGAUGAUACUGCUGCCACUGUUAACGAAGCCAGAAUUUUAGGUUUGAGAGUCAAGAUGUUAACUGGUGAUGCCGUUGGUAUUGCUAAGGAAACUUGUAGACAAUUGGGUUUGGGUACUAACAUUUACGACGCUGACAAGUUGGGUUUGUCCGGUGGUGGUGACAUGGCCGGUUCCGAAAUUGCUGAUUUUGUUGAAAAUGCCGAUGGUUUCGCUGAAGUUUUCCCUCAACACAAGUAUAAUGCCGUUGAAAUCUUGCAAUCUAGAGGUUACUUGGUUGCCAUGACUGGUGAUGGUGUUAACGAUGCUCCAUCUUUGAAGAAGGCUGAUACCGGUAUUGCUGUCGAAGGUGCUACUGAUGCUGCUCGUUCUGCUGCUGAUAUUGUUUUCUUGGCUCCUGGUUUGUCUGCUAUCAUUGAUGCUUUGAAGACUUCAAGACAAAUUUUCCACAGAAUGUACUCUUAUGUUGUUUACCGUAUCGCUUUGUCCUUGCACUUGGAAAUUUUUUUGGGUUUGUGGAUUGCUAUCUUGAACAGAUCCUUGGAUAUUAACUUGGUUGUUUUCAUUGCUAUCUUUGCUGAUGUUGCUACCUUGGCUAUUGCCUACGAUAAUGCUCCUUACGACCCAGCUCCAGUUAAGUGGAACUUACCAAGAUUGUGGGGUAUGUCUAUUAUUUUGGGUACCAUUUUGGCUGUUGGUACUUGGAUUACUUUGACUACCAUGUUCUUGCCAAAGGGUGGUAUAAUCCAAAACUUUGGUUCUGUUGAUGGUGUUUUGUUCUUGCAAAUUUCCUUGACAGAAAACUGGUUGAUUUUCGUUACCAGAGCUCAAGGUCCAUUCUGGUCUUCAGCUCCAUCAUGGCAAUUGGCUGGUGCCGUUGGUAUCGUUGAUAUCAUUGCUACCUGUUUCACUUUGUUUGGAUGGUGGUCUCAAAACUGGAACGACAUUGUUACCGUCGUUAGAAUCUGGGUUUUCUCUUUUGGUGUCUUCUGUGCUAUGGGUGGUGCUUACUACUUGAUGUCCACCUCUGAAGCUUUCGACAACUUCUGUAACGGUAAGAAGUCCAAGCCUCAAAAGGAUCAAAGAUCAUUGGAAGAUUUCCUCGUCUCCAUGCAAAGAGUUUCUACUCAACACGAAAAGUCCUCUUAA